AAAUAUCGCGUUAAAAUCUUUUUCUUUAAAGUAUAUACAUCCAAAGUUAUUUACAAGAACAAUAUUAUUCAGAAUGUUGGUCUUAUAGUAGGUUGACUGCUUUGCAUUGCUUUCCCAUGUAUUUUUAGAAAUAUAUCUUUUUUACAAGCGUUGACUAAGGAUCUCCAUUUUCUGAUUCAUUUUUGUUAUUUUAUUUUUCUGCAUUUUUACGCGUUGAGUUUUUUUUGCUGUUGCGUCAAAAAUUAAAGUGUUAGAAUACUAAUUGCUACAUUGUUUGGACGCCGAUACUUCUCGCUUUUCCGUCUUUCUCUUAAAUUAUAUUUGGUCUAUUGUGCUGGAAAAAAAUAUUGCUAUUUAUUAGAUAAACGAUGUUUGCUAAAAUUCGAAAAUGGGUACAAUGGAUAGUACCGAACUUUGGAUUUUUGGCUAUCCAUUACUCAUAUAUAAUUGUUUUGGUGAUUAUAUCCUCGGUUUUGCUAUUCACAGGUGGGGCCAAAAUUUCAUACACUGAUGCUUUAUUUUUGGCAAGUAGCAGUGUCACUCAGACUGGUCUGAAUACUGUCAAUUUGGUCGACCUUACCACUUGGCAACAAUUCGUCAUCUUUUUUUUCCCUAUUGUGAGCGUUCCCAUAUGGAUGCAUGGUGCGAUUUCCUUUGUUCGCUUGUACUGGUUUCGAAGAAAAUUUAGAUAUGUGAUUAAACAAAAUCGAACUCGUCGUUACCAAAGGAAUGCCCGUCGUAAACAACUCAAACAAGAAAAAAAGAACGAGGAACAAGGUGUGAGGGGUAGGAAAAUUCAAGUCCUGCUUCCUCACCAAGGAAGUGAUGAACCUGAUGAAGUUCCUACUUUUAGUAACCCUGAUAUCACAUCCACAGAAUAUCCUCAAGAUCACCUUUUUUCUAGCGCAGUUCCUAUAUCCCCAAAAGCUGUUCCCAAAGAAUUAGAGACGGACGCUCGUACUACGCUCUCUAUCCAAGAACUUUCCGAUAUAGAUUUGGAGGAUCCAGAAACCAAUCUUACCAUGAAUCCGUCGAAUUUUCCUUCAAAAAAUUCCGACCAAGAUGAGGAAAUUGAAAUGGAUGAUCUUCAUCCUCGUUUACGAAGGCAGAACUCAGUAAUAACAGCUUUUCUAAACACUAAUGAUGAUGUUCGUGAAACUCAAUCAUACAGUGAAAAAGGAACAGCGCCUUUCCCGUUGUCUUAUUGCCUUUCUGAUACGAAUUUGCUCAAUUUGCAAGAUACCCCCGUCGAUUCCAGCCUCCCAACUUCCAAUAAUAAAGCCUCUGUAACUAUUUAUGAACCAAACAAAAACAAAUACCUCACGUCAGUCUCUUCCAAGUCUAAAAAUAAUUCCGAAGAAGACGUCCAUAUAGCCUUUACUAAUCUACAUAAACCGACCCUUGAACGAAAACGACAAGAAGAUUUAAAAGAAAAAAAAAAGUUUUUCCAAAAAAAGCCCUCAAGGCUUAGACGGAUGAGUGCUCCUUUGCGCUGGACAAAGUCUCUGAACGUGAAUCCUAGAAGCCUGACACUUGAAAGAGUAUUAUCCAGCGCCUUUGGAAAACGAAGAGAAGGAAGUAUCUCAUCUUCGAGAAGUACCGUAAUGUCUCUACCGUACCUUUCUUACAAUCCGACAGUUGAUAGAAAUUCUGCUUUUGUCGCUCUGUCGAGAGAACAACGUGAUGAGUUGGGUGGUAUAGAGUAUAGGGCACUCAAAUGUGUAUGCACUGUGGUUUCAAUAUAUUUUCUACUUGCCAACAUCUUUGUUUUCGUUAUCUUUAUAGUUUUCUCAUAUACCGCUCAUGGCUCUUAUACUAUAAUUGAUUCUUUCGACUUGAAAAGAGGAUGGUGGGCUCUAUUUACUUCAGUUUCUUCUUUUAAUGACCUCGGAUACUCGCUAAUACCAUCUUCAUUCUCCCCCUUUAAUAAAAAUAUAUUUCUUCUAUUAAUAUCUUCUCUUUUUAUCAUUGCUGGAAAUACAGGAUUUCCCGUCUUCUUACGUUUAUUCAUUUGGUUCUUUUACAAAGUUUUACCCUUAAGUCAAGAAAAAAAAGAAGCCAUGGCUUUUCUUUUAGAUCAUCCCCGGCGUUGUUUCACUCUUCUAUUUCCGUCUGGAUCCACAUGGUGGUUGUUUUUCAUUUUGCUUGGUUUGAAUGCAAUAGAUUUGAUCUUAUUUAUGUCGCUUGACAUAAAAAAUACAUCAAUGGUGGAUCUUCCUCGAGGUAUUCGCGUUGUCAAUGCCUUAUUUCAAUCGGUUUGCACUAGAACUGCAGGAUUCACCAGUGUCACCUUAUCCGCCUUACAUCCUGCCGUUUUAGUAAGUUAUUUAAUCAUGAUGUACAUAUCAGUUUAUCCAGUGGCUAUUAAUAUGAGAAAUACCAACGUUUACGAAGAAAGAUCUCUUGGCGUAUACACUUUUGAUGAAGAGGAUCAUAGGUCUUUUCUGAAAAAUCACUUGACUGAACAAGUUAGUCACGACCUUUGGUGUAUUUUUCUCGGACUUUUUAUUGUUUGCAUUUGUGAGGGAGGAAAAAUAGCAGAUAAUAAUGAUACUGAUUUUACAAUUUUCACAAUUUUAUUUGAAAUUGUUUCGGCCUACGGAACCGUAGGUUUGAGUACUGGUUUAUCCACUUCUGAAUGUUCUCUUUCAGCGAGGUUUACAAAGUUAAGCAAACUUGUAAUUAUCGCCCUGCAGAUUCGUGGAAGACAUAGGGGUCUUCCAAGAGCUGUUGAUCGUGCCAUUUUACUACCUACUGAAAAAAAUAACUUAAAAGAAGAAGAAGAUCAUCGACGAAGACAAGAAUUAAGCCGUACCAUUAGUUACUCUAGAGCGAGCGUCUUAAUACACAAGGAUGCAUAGGUCCCAGUAUUUACUAUUCAUUAUCUCAUAUGGUCUAGGUGUUGUAUAUAAAAAAUAGAAUGUAGGAUUAAGAAUUAGAGGUUAAAUUAAAGCUUUAAUGAUAUCAGAUACCGGCUCGAUAAACUGUUUGACCACCAUUUCGCAUUUGGAUUGUUUCUUUUGAAGCUAAAAUUUGCAAAGCCAUUUCCAAAGCUCGCUGACUAUAACCAUGCUAUAAAUAUAUAUGUUAAUAUAAAAUUUUCUAGAGAAAAAAACUUUGCUUU